GGUGCGGGCCGGGGGCGCGGCGGGGAUCUCGGCGGGCUUCCAGCCGUCCCGGCCCCGCGAUGCGACGCAGCUGCGGGGUGCGAUUCCAGCACGGCUCCGUUCCACCGAUCGGGGCGGCCGUGAACGCAGCCCGGCUCUCCACAGCCGAACGGCCCCGUUCCGGCGCCGCGCACCGAACGCCGCCCCGCCCCGCCCCGCGGAAGGCGCCCGGGAGAGGCGGAGCCGCUGCGGGACGCGGGAAGGGCCGGAUCCGCCCCGCGAGGAGCGCCGCGCUGAUGGCGGCGGAGAGCGGGACGGCGGCGGCGGAGCGCCGGGAGUUGUCGCCGCGCUCCCAGCAGCAGAUGCAGGAGCGCACCCCGCCGCCCCCCGCCGCGCCCCCCCCGGCCCCGCAGCCGGCCCCGCGCCGCUCCCCGCAGCUCCGCGUGCUGCUGACGCCGCUCCCCGCGCCGGGCCGGCGGCUGCCCCAGAAGCGGCUGCUGGGCGCCUACGACGGGGCGGCGGGGGGGGACGGGAAGCGGCGGCGCGCGGAGCCCUGCGGCCCGGAGCGCGCGGACAGCGGGUCGGACGGCGACGCCGACAGCGACGGGACGGAGUUGGGGCAGGACGGGAGCCCGCAGCUGUCGGCGUACGAGAGGAAACGGCUGAAGAACAUCUCCGAGAACGCCAAAUUCUUCGCCGCUUUGAAGCUGCACGAGUCAGCCGCAAGACUCCACCAAAUCACAGCUAAAGGACCAUCUCAUGUCACCAGGAGAGCAAAGCCCAGGAAGGCUGAGGGCAGCACAGUGCAGCGCAGGUCCAUGCGGCUCCAGAGGAUGCAGCCCCCAGAGGUCCCCCAGGUGGAGGCACCGGCGCAGGAGGAGGAAUAUCCCCAGGUCCCCGCUGGACCGCUGCCCAUGGCCGCGGAUGGGCAGGAGGAGAGCAGUGAUACAGCAUUGCUGGGCACCUGGCUGCGGCUGAGCGAGAUGAACACUAACGACACUGAAAAGCCCACGUGUGACAUGAAGAGGUACCAGGCUGCCCUGAGCAGCAUGCUGCUGCGUGAGGAUGGCAUCAGGAAGGUGGUGAGCAGCCGUGUGUGCUCCGUGGCCAUCCACCCCUCAGAGAGCACCGUGCUGGUGGCAGCUGGUGACAAGUACGGUCACGUCGGGCUCUGGGACGUUAGCUGUACAAGCGAGGGAGGAGCACACAUCUUCACCCCACACAACUUAUCCGUCAACUGCAUGCGCUUCUCGCCCUCCCACCCCGCACAGCUGCUGUCCCUGAGCCACGACUCCCUGCGCUGCGGGGACGUCAGCAGGGCGGUGUUCGAUGAGAUAUGCAGAAGUGAGGACAGCCUCUCCUCCUUUGAUUUCCUGGAAGACAGCGCCUGCACGGCCAUCGUGGGGCUCUGGGGGGGCACAGUGGCUGUGGUGGACAGGCGGACCCCGGGGACGUCGCCGGAGCUCUCUGCAGACAUCGGCUUCAAAGUGACGAGGACGGUGGACGUGCACCCCGUGGACAAGCAGUACUUCCUUGCUGCUGGCUCUGUUGAUGUCUGUGUCUACGACGUCCGAUGGCUGCGGCGCAGUGGGAACAAAGCUGUGAGCACCCUGCAUGGGCACACCAAGAGCGUGGCCUCUGCCUACUUCUCACCCGUCAGCGGGCGGCGCGUGGUCACAGUGUGUGCAGACGACAAGCUGAGGGUUUACGACACCAGCUCUUUAUCGGCCACCUCUGCCCUCCUCAGCACUGUCAGGCACAACAACAACACGGGCCGCUGGCUGACGCGCUUCCGCGCCGUGUGGGACCCCAAGCAGGAGCAGUGCUUUGUGGUGGGCAGCAUGGCGCGGCCGAGGCAGAUCGAGGUGUUCCAGGACACGGGGGAGCUGCUGCACGCCUUCUGCAACCCCGAGUGCCUGGGCUCGGUGUGCUCCAUCAAUGCGUUCCACCCCACCAGGAAUGUCCUCGUGGGUGGCAACUCCAGUGGCCGCCUGCACGUCUUCAUGGAGUAGGGAGGGGCACGGGGGGCUGUCCUGCAUGGAGCUGCGGGGGAGCAAACUGCGGCUUAUAAGUGCUUUAUCUGUGUUUGUGGUUAGGCAUUCCUUUCAAUAAAAAGAUACUAAGCUAAAGGUGGCAGCCAGCGGGGUUUAUACCAAAAGAGCUGUUUUCCCUGGUGAGGGACUAAUGAGGGAAGGUCUGGGGCACAUCCGAGGGGCAAGUGGCACAUCUGGGGGAACAUCUGGGCCCCGGGGGGUACAACUGGAGGCACACCUGUGGCAUGUCUGGGGGAACUGGGAGGCACAGCUGGGAGAACAUCUGCGGGCACAACUGGACGCAUCCUGGGGCACAACGUGGCACAUCUGGGCAACAUCUGGGGACACGUGCCACACCUGGCUGUCACCUUGCUGCUGGCUCCAUGGCCUCACGCUCAGCUUUGAGGUGUGCGAGAGCAAACAAAU